AUGAGAACUAUUCUACAGAACGAAAUUAGCAAUUUAAAUGAAACUGAGGAGCAACUACAACACAAUGACUCGGCUGUAAACGAUACAUUAUUGAGUACUUGGUUUUACUUACUCAUUGAUUAUUGCUUUCUUGACAGGAUUCAAAAUGAUUUGUCAAAUCUACUAGACCCCAAGUUUAAAAACUAUGCAUUGUUUGGUACUUGUGAUGGACAUCGACGGCUAAUUGUGUUUUAUCUAGAUCCUGUAGAUUCUCAAAACCUAAGCUCGAGGAUAACACAGAUUGCUUCUCUUAUUACGAAAAUGAUCGCUACCGGUCACAAUCACAAGGAAAUACCUCAAUCGAGAGUUGUUAGUACAAGCGAAGGCGAAGACAACAACAUUUAUCGAGAUCUCAUGAAACCAUUUAUUGAACUUGUCAUCAAAAAGGAACGAAAUAUUGAUGUUCCUCUAGUCACCAAUUUUGUGGAAAAACACAAAAUUCUAAGAAACUUUUCCAAUCUAGAGACUUUUUUGUCAAAAUUUGUACACACCAUAAGCUCCAUGUCCUCACACUCGUCCGAUUUUUUACAUCACGAAAUACUUGAAAGAAAUAAUUCGACAAUAUCACAUGAAUUUGACACUAUCGAUGAGAGAAAACUAGAAAUAAUAUUGACCAAUACUUGCAAAUUUGUAGUUGGUUUUGUGAAAUAUUAUUUCGAUGAGAAACUAGUAGAUGAAGCCCAAAUACUAUCUGUGUGGUCAAUUUUUGCUUCUCUACAAAAUAUCAACACUUCUAAGAAUAUUACUACACCUAUUUUACAAAAUAAUUUAUUUCUACAGCUCUCUAUACCCACGCUCGUCAAAUUAUUGAAAAUCUUUGAAAAGAGGGAACAUUGUACUUUUUUAGAGAACAACCAACUCUUUGCAAUUACCAAUGAUUCCAAAACAUUAUCCAUGACGUACGAACUUGUUGAAAGCAUGUGUUGUACCCUAUUUUUCAUGACAAUUUCAUCCAACUCGGUGGCAGAACACUUUCCAUCUAUCCUCUCAGUUUAUAAGCUAUGUGACAAGUCCUAUUUUAAAAUUCUGCUCUCCAAAGUUUGUAAAGUUAUCAUGAUAGAUAUAGUGAACCGAUAUAAGGGUUCCUCCCUUUCAGAAUGUAUUGUAGCUUCUACUACUUGUAACGAUUCCUAUCAUGCUCAUGUAAAUACCUUCAUUCACUUUUUAUCAAGUGGAAGUAAUGAAGAACAGUCAUUUGUGGAUAUUUUAAACUAUCUAAUGCAAGAAAGCAAAACUCAACCCUUUAACGAUACCUCUAAAUUUCUCAUUCAUACUUGCUUGUAUUGGGCAACGAUAUUUCAUUACUCGGAGAGUAUCAAUUUCAAUUUUUUAACAUGGCUUUCCAAUGUUAUUUCCAAUGACGAACACAAGCUUGCACUGUUAAUUUGCAUCGAUGAAAGAAUUAUCUUUGAAGAUGUAAAUCAUGCAAGAAAUUUCUUAAUAGCUCCCAUUGAAGGAAUUGAUGACGAUGCUUUGGACUUGCUGUCUGAAUCCUAUCGAAUUUCCAUUUUAUCAAAAUUUUCCAAUCCACAAGUGCUAAGCCAUGAUGAGCAAUUCGAACCUAAAAAAGUAUCCAAAUUGAAAAAGUUAAUUCGAUUAUAUAAUAACGAUCCCAACGAAUUGUUAAAUUAUUUCAAUCAAGGAACUAUUGAAGAGCAAGAACUUUGUUGCCGUCAAUGGAAUUCUCUCAUCACUCGCACAACUCUACCAAAAAAGGCAACAGCGUUGUUUAAUUUUUUACGAAUUUCACUUCCAGAACGUCAUCCUUUUCAUAGUAUAUUUGCGUUUCGAACAAUAAUGGAUCAAGAAUUGAGUGAAUUGGAUUCCCUAUUGAAAAAGAAGAAAUUUUUGCACACGCGCCUAGAUGCUAACGGUCUUGUUGAUACAAAUUCAUUAUCCUUGACUUUAUUGAAAUUAGUGAGAAAUGAUUCAGAUUCUUCUCAUGAUACUAUUGUUAGAAGCAACUCUCCUUUAUUCAAAAUGAUUGCAGAUAUUUUCGAAAAGUACCAAGAUUGUUUCCUGAUCAAAACGAUUUUUCAUCAUUGCAAAACAUUAUUCGUGGACAUGUGUAACAAUUCAUCAUUUUCACUCUUGCAUGCCCAACGAAUGAUCAAAGUAUUUGAAAUGGUUCUACGCCACACAGAUGCUUCAGAAAUGACUUCUGCAUUUCUUGACUCCAUCUUUGAUGCACAUACAUGUAAAUUAUUCAUUUGGGAAAAGGGAGCCAAUGAAAUGCCAUUCUUUAUGAAAACAAUAUUCCAACUCGUGACGACCAGCAGUACUGAACAUUCCAAUCCACACCCUUCGUAUCCACUAUUUUUUCAGAGAUCGUGCAUUCUAUUUUCUCAUCCAGAAUAUUUGAACGUCUUGCAAGAUGAAGAAGAAGUGCACUGGUGGUCCUCUACUCUAACAGUCACUUUUCAACACGCAAGUUUUGCAUCUGUUGUGAAAUUUAGACUUUGGUUGUUUUGGUUGCCAGAUUUGAUAUCCACUCGUGGAAUAUGGAAUGUUAGUAGUGAUCAUGGCACAACCACAAGAGAAUACAUUCAUACGAUAUUGGAAUUGUUUAUGUAUGAGAGAAAACAUGUCAAUGUUGAUUCAUUUCUGAAGGAAUGUUUUAUGGAAUUGUUGAGCAUUGGCGUUCAAGUGUUAUCGACAUUACCGUCAAUACUAUUUUCAGAGUUGAGAAGUUUUGAUAAGGACGCAGAAAUUUCUUUUAAUAUUGAAAGGCUCAAUCAACCACUUUCUGAACAAGUUGUUGAAAAUUCAAAUCAUUACCGACGACAUUGGUUUUUAGAAUCUUUGGCCAUCUUGUCAAAAAUACCCAUGUCCAUUCAAGAGUGUACCUUAUUGGCUGAGAAAAUUGAUUUUACGAUUCGUGAAAUUUUUGAGAAUGUGACCUUGCUACAAAAAGUGUGGAUCCUGAAAAUGCCAAGUCGUCGACUCGACCAAGAGGAUCAGCAAACAGCAGCAGAACAAGAUCAAAAUAAUAUGAAUCAACCACUCCUCGUCAAUGACGAAGAAGAUGAAAAUCAUAGUAAUCCAAUUCUAGAGUUUUUACAACAAGAGGAGGACACUUUUUCUGCAGUUUUGAAUAUUGCUGGAAAUUCUUUGAAAUCUUUAUUUCAGGGAAAAAGAAAACGAAAGAAAGUAGAUCUUGCAGAUAUUAUCUUGGCAAAGAAAACCAAGUUGUGA